AUGUCUUCGUUCAAGCAUUUCUUCUCUCACGGCCAGUUGGCUGCCCGGUCCGAUGAGGGCUCGGGCAACGAGCACACGAUCACCGCCAUGAUCAUCCUCCUCGCAAUUGUCUUCUCCGGCCUGCUCCUGACCUCCACUCUUGUCAUGCUCCGUCGCGUUAAGAGACGCCAGCAGAUGCUUGCUAUGGGUCUGCCGCAGUAUAAUGACAAGACCGGUGCCGGCAACAACAACCCGCACGGCCUCACCAUUCAAACGACCAACGCCAACGGCCGCAAGUCCGUGCUCGUCUUCGGCCGCGAUGGCCAGCCCAUGCUCGCCAACCCCCAGUCGCCGCCGUACUCGCCCGAUAAUGUCCCGGAGAUUCGCAUCACUUUCCCGGACGAGCACGAUGAGACGGGCCGUCGCAAGAGUGGCCGUGUCGUUGUUGUCCGCGUCGGCGAGCACAACACUGUCGGCAUGGAGCCCCUUUCCGAGCAGGAAGAGCAGCUUCCGGCGUACGAGAAGGACAGCAAAAGCCGGUUCUACUCUAUCGACAUGGACCAGAUUGGCGGCCUGAAAGAGAAGCAGUACCGGGAUUACAACUAA